GGUUGGCAGGCUUGCCUCCACUCCGGACAUCCUUGCCCGAGUUCCUUCUCUCUGGCCAUGGAGAAAUACGAAAAGAUCAGCAAGAUUGGGGAAGGCUCCUAUGGCGUGGUCUUCAAGUGUCGGAACAAAGACACGGGGCAGAUUGUUGCCAUCAAGAAGUUCCUGGAGUCUGAAGAUGACCCUGUCAUUAAAAAAAUCGCCCUUCGAGAGAUUCGGAUGUUAAAGCAACUGAAGCAUCCGAACCUGGUCAACCUCUUGGAGGUCUUCCGGAGGAAGCGGAAGCUGCACUUGGUCUUCGAAUACUGCGACCACACGGUUCUCCAUGAACUGGACAAGAACCCGCGUGGGGUCCCAGAGCAUCUUGUGAAGAGCAUCACUUGGCAGACCCUCCAAGCAGUGAACUUCUGCCAUAAACACAAUUGCAUACAUCGGGAUGUGAAACCAGAGAACAUCCUCAUAACGAAGCAUUUCAUCAUUAAGCUCUGUGAUUUCGGAUUUGCACGCAUCUUAACUGGGCCCAGCGACUACUACACCGAUUACGUGGCUACGCGGUGGUACCGUUCUCCUGAGCUCCUUGUGGGGGAUACCCAGUACGGGCCCCCUGUGGACGUCUGGGCCAUCGGCUGCGUCUUCGCCGAACUGCUGUCGGGCAUCCCUCUGUGGCCCGGGAAAUCUGAUGUGGACCAACUUUAUCUGAUCCGGAGGACGCUGGGUGAUCUCAUUCCCAGGCACCAGCAGGUCUUCAGCACCAACCAGUUCUUCAGCGGGGUGAGGAUUCCGGACCCCGAAAGUAUGGAGCCUCUAGAAAUGAAAUUCCCUUCCGUCUCUUACUCUGCUCUGGGACUCAUGAAGGGCUGCCUCCACAUGGAUCCCGCGGAGCGGCUGACUUGCGAGCAGCUCCUGCAGCACUCAUACUUCGACAGCAUCCGCGAGGUCGAGCUUGGGAGGGAGCGGGAGAGAUCCAUCACACGGAAACCGACCCGGCCAACAAGGAAGCACGUUCCAGGGUUGCAGUACCUGCCCCAGCUAACCAGCAGCAACAUUUUGCCUGCCUUGGAUAACAAGAAGUACUACUGCAGCACGAGAAAACUGAACUACCGUUUCCCGAAUAUCUAGAACAGCAGGUGUCGUGGUGACUAAAGUGGAUUUAGCACCGGCGGCCUCAGCCGCGUACACAGCCUUGAAAGGGAGCUUGAAAUGAGAACAGCAACCCUGUAUUGGUCUAUACUGAAAUGAGCCACAAAGUCAUUGCUUUAAAAGUGGUAAACCUUGGAAAGGAACUCCCUGCGGGUUAACUGAAGUUUCGGAACUGCUCGUGGUUCAAAAGAAAAUGCAUCAC